AUGAAACCAAAGACAGGUUUAGAACUCAUGUUGAUGAAUUAUUCUAGUGAAUGUCAUGAGAGAAAUUUGAGAAAUAAGUCAAGUGCAGGUGCAAAUGCAGCUUUUAAGGCAAACACGUCAAUUUCUGCCACUGAUCCUUUAUCUGAAAUAGUUUGGUGUCCAGAUAAAGGUUUCGGUCUUAAAUGUGUUGAUUCGAGUUUUAAGAACAAAAAUACAUCGCUUUUACGCGAUGUUGAGCCUAGUAGUAUGGUUCUUGCUCUGCUACAAAGUGUUACUUGUGGAAAUCCUAUGGAUGAUGUUUUUGUUCAACCUCUUACUGGAAUAUGUGCCAAGAGUGAUAUUUCUUCGACAAAUAUUCCUAUAAGGCCUCCAACAAGUGAUUCAGUUGUCAUCAUUCCAGAAUGUAAACCAUAUGCAGAUCAUGAUACAGGCCAUAUUGACAGAAGGCCUCAAGAAAAUGAAUCUAAACCUAGCUUGGAACAAAAUGUUUCACCGAAGAAACAUUGCAAAGAAGGAAUGUACACUUGUGUUGACAACAAGGUGGUUGAAUUAGAGGAUGGCUCAUAUACUAGAGUCAAACACGUGAUCGAAGAAAAAUGUUCUGGUGCUCUAGGAACAUAUAUAAUAUCAUCUUUCAACUGCGAAGCAGCUACUUCUGCUGCAUCAAGCAGAGUUCUUGUUUCAAAAUCCAUCCAGAAUAAGAAUGAAUCCAAGGUCAAUGAAAUAUGGCUACCAUACAAUAAGAAUGGAAUUCAUUUAAGUCGUGAAAGCUAUCAUAGUAAGGAGUUGUUUUUGGCAAGUAGGAAGAGAUGUAAACAAGAAGUGAUAAUUGAGAGUAAAAGAGUCAAAAUGCAAAUUCAAGAAACUUCAACAUAUUCUAAAUCUCAUGUCGAAAGGGAUAGCUCAUUCAUGAACUUGAUUUCAAACAUGAUGAAAGGAUACUCACAAACUAGUCACGAUGACGUGAAAUCUUCGGCUCUUGCUCAGAUUAGGCCUUUAAAUUUUGUUAACAGCCAUGGACACUGGAAAAAUAACAAAUGGGAGAAUGUAAAUUGUUGCGAUUUGGAGCUUAGUAAGGAGAAAGAAAGGAUAGCAUUACAUUCUCCGAUUUCUCAUCUGAAUAACUGCAAGGUUGAAGAGACUACAAAACUGCCUAAUUGGUAUAUCAAUGAAGAGUCUUCUUGCAUUGGCCUAAAGGAUGAGAAGAGAAAUAGUGAUCACAUAUCAAAGCAUAAUGUCGAUCAUGUUGUUACGCCUUUCUCAAGUUUGAGAGCUUCAGAGCCAAUGGUUUCCAUGUUUGCCAAAAGGUUAGGUGCCAUCAAACAAUGCCAACAAACAGAAUAA